AUGCACCAUAACCACCUGCUGGACGGGAGCAUGGAGAAGAGUCCAUGUCUCGGGUGGCUGGCGUCUUUGAGCGCUGCAGUGGAUAGACAGCUGGACCAAAGCACAACAUCUAGUGGGGGGGAACAGAAGGAAGCGUCUCAGCGUAUCCAGGGCAGUCCAGAGGAGCAGCUAGUGAUGGUAGAGACCAAGGGUAAGGUGAAGGGUGAAACUGUGUCUGAGGUGUGUGGCUUCUGCCGUAAGCCUGUGGCCCUGAGUGAAACUGCCAUCGAGGCUCUGAACAGGACAUACCAUGCCAGUUGCUUCCAGUGCAGACAGUGCCAUAUCCCUCUGGCUGGUAAACUGUACUAUAACAAGGCAGGAAUACCACUCUGUAAGGACUGCUACCAGGACAGUUUGGAACUUUGCUGGGCGUGUGGGGAAGUUAUCAAAGACCAGGUAAUCCAUGCACUGGAAAGAGCUUACCACCCACCUUGCUUUAUCUGUGCAACAUGCAGCCAACCAAUUGGAGAGCAGAGCUUUGCUCAGGGAGAGGUUGGGGAAGUGUAUUGCCUCCAGGAUUACUACAGGAAAUACACUCCCCAGUGUAGUGCCUGCCAGCAGCUGAUCAUUCCAAGAGAGGAUGGCAUAGACAGCUACACCGUGGAGUGCCUGGGCUCCUUUCACGAGGACUGCUAUCGAUGUGAGGUCUGCAGUACCCAGCUCUCCCCAGAGCCAAACGACCAUGGCUGCCAUCCACUGGAUGGGAGGGUGCUGUGUAAGUCUUGUCACCCAUAGAGAUGUAAAGAGGCCUCAUCAUUGUAUCAAUGCCAUUAUGGUCGUCUGUGACAGCAUGGGCAUUGAGACUAUCUCCAUUUUGAAGUAUUCAAUUUUCUU